AAAUAAACACACCCUCCUCUACUUUCUCCAUCUCCUUCUCUGCGUAUAGUCCCUCAAGUGUCAUUUUCUCACAUAUACUUCACACAAAAGAAACAACCAUUCACUUCAUACCUUGUCAUUUCUUCUCUCUCUCUCUCCCCUCUCAAUCUCAAAUCUCUGCAACUACUCCCCUCAAUUUGAUCCAAAGAAAGAAACCCCAAAAAUCGCACCCGAAAAAUCCUCAACUCUUUUUGCUUAGAUUGUCCAGAACAAACCCCUAUAGCUUCAUCUUAAUUUCUUGAUCCUUAACAAACAUACACUUCCCAAUUGCACUGUACUUACAAGAAAAACGAAAAGAAGAAAGACAGAGGAGAUAAUUAGGAGACCUAUUUAAGAGGCCUCAUUUGGCUACUUAAAGAUGGAGCUAUUCCCAGCACAACCAGAUUUAUCUCUUCAAAUUAGCCCACCAAACAGCAAACCCACAUCAACAUGGAGGAGAACAGAAGAAGAGAUGGAUUUGGGGUUUUGGACUAGAGCUUUGGACUCGAGAAACUCUAUUUCUUCAAUGGCAAAACCAGAUACCUGUUUUGAGCUCUCGUUAUCUAAUCCAAAGGUUUCAGAGCCCAACUCCAACCAUUUCCACAAUAUCCUCCAAAAUUCUAAGAACUGUAAUGGUAACAAUCUCUUCCAUUCCUUUCAACAAAACCAAUACACACACCAUCAUCACCAACAAAACCACCUGCAUAAUCAUCAUCCAGUGCUCUUUCAACAACAGCAGCAACAGGGACUGAGCCAAGAGCUUGAUUUCUUGAGACCCAUUAGAGGGAUUCCUGUCUACCAAAACCCUCCUCCUUUUCCAUUCUCUCAUCAAACUUUUGAUAAUACUUGCUCCCAAGCUUCUUCUCUGGCUGCUAAUAACUCUAGUGCCACAAGUUUAAGUCCCUAUCAGUCUCAAGGGUCGAUGAGAUCAAGAUUCAUGUCUAGGUUUCCAGCUAAAAGAAGCAUGAGAGCACCAAGGAUGCGUUGGACUACCACUCUUCACGCUCGCUUUGUUCACGCUGUUGAGCUAUUGGGUGGCCAUGAAAGGGCUACACCCAAGUCAGUUCUUGAGCUUAUGGAUGUGAAAGAUCUCACCUUGGCACAUGUUAAAUCACAUUUGCAGAUGUAUCGAACUGUGAAGACCACUGAUAGAGCAGCAGCUCCUUCGGCGCAAUCGGACGUGUUCGAUAAUGGAUCAUCUGGAGAUACUUCAGAAGAUUUGAUAUUUGACACUGAAAAUCCUAGAAGGUCAGAAAUGUCAAUGCAACAGGGAAGACCAAAUGCUCACCAGGACAAGGACUAUCAGGCUCUCUGGAGCAACUCUUCAAGCAGGGAAGCUUGGUUGCAUGGGAAAUUAAAGGAUUCUGGCGGAAACUUACCACCUCUUGAGCAGAAGGGCAUGGAUCCAAAGUGUUUGAGCUAUGAGAAAAUAUCAGAUGUAAGCUCAUCAACCGUUUCUGGGACAAGCCCCAUGAAGCCUAAUUUGGAGUUCACUUUGGGCAGGCCACAUUGAAGUUAUCCACUCUAUACUACUCAUUUUGAAUCAUUAUUAUCUCUGAGGGGAUGCUGGUGAAGAGAAUCAGGUACCCAGGUGAGAAAAUCAGAGCUAAAGAAAAAGAAAAGAAAAGGAAGAAAAAAAAGAAAAGAAAAGGAGAGCUAAAGAAUGACAAAGAGACAGGAAAGACAGAAAGCAACAAAAGGUGAAGAGUGGAAAAGGCAUGUCCUUCAGAUCAAGCAGUGAAAUCCAAAUCAACAUAUUAUAUUCCUACGUAAAUAUGAGAUCUAAUUGAUUUUGUAUGUUAUUGCACUCUCGGAGAAAAAGAGAACGAGAGAGAGAGAGACCUUUAGAGAGAGAUAGAGAGAGAGACCUUUAACUAUCUCAAAGUAUAAAGCGAUCCUUGGUAAUUGUAAUGGAGCACUUUACAUUAAUAUAGAAUAUUUUCAUAUUUUUACCAAA